AUGGUCUAUGGUCCCGAGCUUUUUGAAUACACAUCCGGCAGAUGGUUGUACAAUGAGUCCACUCGCCUCGCUGAACGAAGGGUUGUCUUCAAUGUUGACGAGCUCAAAAAGGCCGUCGCUAAGUGCCUCAAUCAAGCAGAGUCUGAAGUAAGAGAAGUUGUCAAGCUCGCGGAAGGUGGCUUCAAUCGCGUGUUUCAACUCACGAUGAGAGAUGGUACCGAGGUACUUGCUCGCCUUCCGUAUCCCUCAACAAAGCCCAAACGAUUCGCUGUAGCUAGCGAAGUUGCAACUUUAGAGCUCGUCCGAUCUCAUGGUAUACCUGUACCAAAAGUCUUACAUUAUUCGCCAGACGCUGAGAACCCUGUCGGGGCAGAGUUCAUCAUUAUGGAGAAACUACCUGGGCGUCCUCUUGGGGAUCAAUGGUUCAGCUUGUCCGAGGACCAGCGCCUCAAGGUUAUCUCCGAGGUUGUGCGAAUAGAAGUCAACCUUUCCAAGAUAGACCUGCCGGCGUACGGCAGCAUUUACUACAAGCACGAUCUUCCAGCUGAUGUGUCUUACACCAUGUUUGCAUCCGCCUCUAACGACAAAGGGUUGUGUGUCGGCCCUGAUGUCAGCUUGAGAUGGUGGUACAAGGAGCGUGAAUCACUUGACGUGCAACGUGGUCCUCAAGAACACGCUGACAACUUGAAGAAGUAUCUGAAGAUAGCCUCGUAUCUCGUGCCACAAGAGGCUCGGUUUCACAAACCAGUCCUGCGCCAUCCUGAUCUCCAACCAAACAACAUCUUCGUCUCUGAGAAUUUUGACAUUGUUGGAAUGAUCGACUGGCAGCACUGCUCGGUCCUUCCCCAAUUCCUAGCCGCUGGCAUUCCAAAAUAUUUCCAGAACUAUCAUGACGAAGAAUCAUUGCAAUUUAUCCCACCCCAACUGCCUUCAAAUCUGGCCGAAAUGGACAACGAGGAACAAGCUGAGGUCUUGGAACGAUUUAGACGACGCCACCUUCAUUUCUUCUACCUAGGCUUCACACAACGAUUUCAUCCUGCCCAUUUCGAAGCUCUCAACCGACGGACGGAUCUUCUAACGCGGAAACUUGUCAAUCAUGCCGGUGAGCCUUGGGAAGGGAAUAACAUCCCCUUGAAGUCAGAUCUUAUACACAUUACACAAGUCUGGCGAGAGCUUUUGGAAGACAAUGGGUACGAUCAAGAAACUUUGCCUUCCUGUCCAAUAUCAUUUACUGAAGCCGACGUGCAAAAAACUAUUGGUAUUCUUGGACAGCAGGAGGACACUGACACGCAACUAAGCGACGUUCGAGAUGCUAUAGGGAUCACCGUCGACGGAUGGACGUCCAACGAGGAAUAUGACAAUGCCGUAGAACACGCAAGAUUGAUCAAAAGGCAGGGGCUGGAGAGUCUAGAUACCGAAGAGGAGAAGGAGAUGACUUUGAAGCACUGGCCAUUCGAUGAUUUUGACGAGGAGGACUUGUGA